UGCAUGAUUUACCUUAAGAACUUAAUAAAGCGUGCAACAGGUCAUGUUUUAAAGUGAUUAUGGAUAUAUUUAAGUAAGAGAUACGUGAAGAAAAUAAAACAUUGUUGAUAAUGAUUUAGCGUUCUUUCCACGUGCAAGUUGUGUAACUCGUUAGAUUUUUACCUUUAUUAAAGCAGCGAGAAUUAUGCUCGAAGCUUAUCGUUCAAAAAUUUGGAAAUUCAAAUGCCCGUCAACAACAAUCGGAUAUCUCAAACAUCAGCUGAUUCGGAAAUCACAUGGUGUUAAAACGAUAGGGACUUUUCAUUUAGUUUUGUUGGUAAGCAAUAAUGGUCUUAUACAACUAGCGACCUCUGCAGUAAAAAAAGAGCUUACCAUCUGAUGCAAAGUUAAUUUUCUUCAAUGAAAAUUCAAUUGAAAUUGGAUGUGUAAACUUGAACAAUUUCAAGUGUUCUAAUUUCGAAACCUAUUAUGCUCACUGAUAUACAAACUAAUCUUGUUCUAAAUAACUGUGCAAUAAUCAGAUUUUUGCACGAAAUUAAUUUGUCUCACAUUCAAUUGUUCUUUUGAUUCUCGCCAAUUUUGCAAUAAAACAUUUGAAAUACGGUUGUUAUGCAAUUAAGAUCUAAUCAUGUUCAAGUAACCGACAAUUGUCUACGCGCGUAGAGUGUCUAUACAAUUUGGACAUGCAACUUGUGGUGUACGUCAAUCGCACUUCUGGUUUCAUCAUCCGUCUCAUCCGUUCUCCCACUCUCUCCUCGUACGAUCGUUCUUCCUUGUCUGGUUGCCACCUUUUCCCUAUUCCUUUCUUCAUCGCCUUGUAUCCAUCUCUUUUUAUGAAUAGAGGUGUACGCCCGACAGCCGGCAGUCUCGGUCAAGCUUCCGUACGGUGUGUCUGUCAUAUUCGACUUCUUUUUUUUUUUUCAAAAUUUCUUCAUGUCUUUGGUGUACCAUAAUUUUCCCAAUUUCAAUGAAACGUUUACAAAAGUCGUAUCGAUCGAUUCAAUCUAUAGAAACCGACAGAUGUACAGAAAUCACGAGAUACCAUCGUCCAGCUUUUGAUGACUCUUCGAGGAAACCAUGGAUCAUGGAUCAAACGAAAUUUCGAAAGAUUAACUUGACGGGAAACUAAAUAACGAUAUACACCGAGAUACGACACGUCAACUGGAAAAUGGCAUCGAAGAUAUUGAAGUACCGCCAAAUAGAAGAUAUAAAGAGAAUAGACACGUGGUCCAACGAUGAAUAGCAAAACAAAACUCGCAAAUUUGUGGAACAAAAGUGGGAGGAAGAAAAUUAGUAUAUUGUAGCGGGAAGAAGAAUUUCUUAGCAGUUGAGCUUUACAGUGUUGGACGGUUUGGAGGGAAAAGACCAUUAAAGCCACGUGCCGCGCACUUGCCAAAUUGAUGAUCAUUCGCUGCAACGUUUGAAAGAUAAAGAAACACGAAAAAAGACAAGUUUUCCCGUCGACGAUAAUUCUAAAGCAUAUUGACUGUGAAAUUGUUUAUAUUAGAGGGUCAGUUUACGUACAUCCGCAUGAGGAUGCACUCAUUUGAAUAUCAAACGUCAAAUAUUUGAAGCGUGUCUCUUUAAACAUUAGCAAAUAUUAUCAAAUGCGUGGGAAGGGGAAAGUGUACACACCGUUUCUGCAAGAUCGUUUUAAUACAAAAAGAAAACAUUUAUCGAAGAUAAAAAGUACGAUACGCGUUUGGAAUCCAAUAAGAUAUGCCUAGAUUUGAGGAUAAAAGCUAGAUCAAGUCGAAUUAGAGGCCCGUAUUCAGAUUGUGAACCGAACGAUUCGAUCACGUUUUUCGAACGUUUAAAAUGGAAAGCAGGAACGAGAACACUGGCCUGUGGGUGUUCGGAUACGGAUCUUUGUGCUGGUAUCCUGGUUUCGAGUACAAAAGAAGCGUCGUAGGAUACAUCAAGGGAUUUAGCAGAAAAUUUUGGCAAGGGAAUACCACCCAUCGCGGUACCCUUGAAAACCCUGGACGCGUGGCUACAUUGGUCGAAGAGACGGAGGGUAUUGUUUAUGGUCGUGCGUUUGAAGUCCAGGAUAGCGCAGCUCUGCCAUAUUUGGAAAAUCGCGAAUGCACUUUAGGAGGAUAUAUGACUACGAUUACAACGUUUUAUGACCGCGGGGGAAACAGAAAGUUUCCUGUGAUCCUUUAUAUAGCUACCAACAAAAAUGAACACUGGCUUGGCGACGCGCCCCUACAUAAUAUAGCAAAACAAAUCUCUGAAUGUUCUGGCCCAAGCGGUCACAACGUUGAAUACCUUUUACGAUUAGCUGAGUUUAUGCACCGUUAUCUACCAGAAGCGCAUGACGAACAUCUGUUCACGCUGGAAUUGUUAGUGCGUUCGAGGAUAAAAGAGCAAAAUAUGUGUCUCACGACGUUAAUGGGUAACCGAGACUUUAAUAUCGACCUCGAGGAUGCUGAAAUCGAUGUCAGGGAUGACGAGGAUGACGACUUGGUCGUUAACGGUGCUGCCAACAAUCUCAGGGAAAAUUCUUUCCAAUUUAUCUCACAAGUACCUGAAAAAUCCUUGCGUUGUCUGAAAAUGUAGCCUGUAAUUAAUAUUGUUUUUAUAUUAGAUGUAUAAAUUCAGAAAAAGAGACGAACGUUUGUAAUUCGUGGCGAGAACACGAGAAAAACUAAUAAUUAUCAAUGUGUUAAUGUGCGAAUGUACCGUCCCAGAAUAGCGAUGUUAAUAACGGAAGUCUUUGUUCUCAUACAUUUUGGCGGCGGUACGAAUGUAUUUUAAGGACUGUACAAGUGAUAUUUCGGCAGCUUCGUGUUACGUAUGUUUACGUUUGACUGUGGCGCUAACAACUACGGCUAAAUUCUUCUUAGCCAAAGUGCCUUAACAAUAAUUUUUAGAAUCUUCAGUGCUCGUUCCUAUAAUUUCAAUUGUAAGUUAAUGUAGAACAAUUUUAUACUUUCACGUGCGAGAUGUGUGCUUUUGUGAAAACAGACUGGUUGAAAUGUAUUAAUUUGUAUGUGAGAUUAAAAGAAUUGUUUUUAAAAA